AUGGAGCCGAUAGAUUAGAGAAUAUUUGAAUGGUUUACUAUAAAUAUGAUUAUUAUUGAUUUUUUGUAUAUUGUAGGAAUAGGUGGAGCAUCGUUGGCAGAAUAUUUCUUCGAUUUACAGAGAAGUUACCAAGUAUAUGCUAUGAUAUCAUCAUUGGGUGUUUUAAGCAUGUGGUUUGGUUGGCGGUUCAAGAGAAGGAACUUUAAGAACGAUCGGAUUGAAUUGCUUAUACUGUUGCUUGUUGGCAAUUCAUUAAGAACCAUAGGUUCUACACAUAUCAGUGAGAUGUAUUUUGCAUUAUUCCCAAAAAGGUUGCUUUAUAUCAUUCCAAUCUAGAAUCAUCAGCAUCCUAAGAAAAUGUUUCUUUGUAUGCCAUUCAUAGCUGUGGUGGUUAGUGCCAAAUUAGAGUUCAGCUAUGAACACACCUUGGUCGGUUACGCAUUCAUUCUGAUGGCUUGGUUGUCUAUCAAUCGUUCUGCAGAGAAAGUCCGUCAGGUUUCAAAGAAUCAUAGUUACUCCAAAACUUGGAUCAAUCCAUCAGAUAGUUUGAUAAUCAGUCAGAAUGACAAAUAUGAUCUGGUGGUCACUCGCUAAGGCAAAAUGGUCAGUCAAACAUCUGAAUAGCAGAAAUUAUUGGGUUCUGAUGAUCCUGUGGCCAUUCAAUAAAUACUCAAGGAGAUAGUCAUCCAUAAACUUAACAAACAAUUCAAGAAAUAUAAAAUUGGCACUCUUUUGCAAUUGAUAGAAACAGCAGAUCUUAUUAAAUGUAAAGUAUUGGAUUGUUCUGCUCCUUUUGGAGACAAUUACAUGAUUGAAUUAGCCCUCAUUAAUGAUAAUGUGGGUCUGAGAUUCCAUGACAUGUUUGAAUUGAGAGAUUAUUGGGAGAGGAAAGUAACUAAGUAACUUAUGAAUUAACUGUUUCGCAGCUUCAGUCAUGAAUUCAGUACGUCAUUAAAUUGCAUAAGGAUUCUAGCAGAAAAUGCUAUUGAGGAUAUCGACGAUGACUAUAUUGUGAAUACAUGUAUCUAACCCAUUUUGAAUUCCUGUUACAUUCUCAAUUCCAUAGUUCAAGAUGUUAGGGAUUUCAGUUUGAUCUUGUCUAAGAAUUUCAUACUAACCAUUUAGAUAUAAAACAUCUACUUGCUCAUCCACGAAGUGUCUGAAUUGUAUCGAUAACAACUCAAUAUGAAGGGUGUGCAACUUAAUGUUAAGAUGAAUGAGUGCUAGAUUCAUACGGAUGGUCAACGCUUCAAAUAAGUACUUAAUAAUCUCUUGUCCAAUGCCUAAAAGUUUACCUUCUCUGGCAGUGUCAACAUCGAUGUUCAAGAAUAAAUCAUACACGAUUAAUCCUUUAUUAAAGUCAGUGUCUAAGAUACAGGCUCUGGAAUGGAUUAGAACACUCAGAAUCGAUUGUAAGAGUUCCUUAAACAACCUCAUAAACGAAAGUCCAAUCUUAAUUUUGGGUUAGGUUUAAUGAUAAGUAAUACUAUUUGUAACGGAUUGUCUCCCAAUUACGAAUCUGGUAUACAUUUUCAAUCCAAUAAUAAGACUGGCACUACAUUUUGGUUCUACCUAGAGGAUCUCAAAACUAUGGAUUUACCUGAUGUUGUUAGCAGGAGGACUAUCAAAUAUAGUAAAAUACACAGUUCUGGUAGAAGCUUUUUGGAAUAAAGCUUUAUCAUCAGUCCUAGUGAUAAGAAGAGGUAGUCCUCUUUUACAUUCUCAUUAAAGGGCAAAUAGAAACUAAUUGAAAAAUAAUCGGAAAAUUUUUCUGAGCCAGAUGAUGUCAUUUGUGCACCCUAUGUCUUUAGAGAAGGACCAAAGAAACCUAAAAAGCAGAAAUACUCUAUUGAUCAAGUUGUCAGUGAGUAUGCAGAAGAAAGAGCUAAAAUCCUUAUUGUCGAUGAUGAAUUUGUUAAUAUCUAUGCACUUACUACAAUGCUUUCAAGAUUGAACAUUAAGUGCGAUUCAGCACAUAAUGGCAAGGAAGGACUAGAGAAAUUCAAAAAAGAAAACUAUCAGGUCAUCCUGAUGGAUAUCGAAAUGCCAAUCAUGAAUGGCAUCUAAGCCACUCAACAGAUACUCGAAUUUUGUCGUUCUGCAGACUUAGAUCCUCCCAUCAUCAUUGCCUAAACUGCUUACACUGACAUGUAGACCAAACAAAUGUGCAAUGAAGUGGGUAUGGACUAUUUUUUAUAAAAACCCAUUAGUACCAUUGAAAUUAAAUAAAUUCUACAAACUAUAUAGAUAGCUUUAUGA